AUGGCGACCAACAUGAUGACCGCCGACAUGACGACUUACUUUUCGCUCGAGGCGCCCGACCCCGCGAUUGCCAAAGCUUUAGGCCAGAAGUAUUGGAAUCACUUGGCCAUUCAGCUGGGACAUUGGAACCCCAUGAAGGUUAUCAUCAUGGAUGAUGAGAUGUUCCGCCUCAUUCACAUUUCGGUCAAGAUCGAGCUCGCUCGUGAGAUGAGCAAAUUCUUGGGCGAGGACGUGAUGUUUGCACGAGACGCCGAUAAUCCCAAGGUCUGGAUUCUUGGCCCCAAGAAACUCAUCCGCCCAAACAUCACCAUCGCCGGCACUGUCCCAAUUUGGGACCCGAAGAAGAAGCAUAUGCCGCCUCCGAAAAUCAAGAUUCCCCGUCCCCCAAAUGCGUAUAUUCUCUACCGCAAGGACAAGCACGGCGCCGUCAAGGCCGAGAACCCUGACCUCCACAACAAUGACAUUUCGGUCAUCACGGGCACCAUGUGGAAGAGCGAGACCCCUGAGGUUCGGGAUAAAUACCACCAGAAAUCACAGGAGAUCAAGGCUCGGAUGCUGGCGCUUCACCCCAACUACAGAUAUGCGCCUCGCAAACCGUCUGAGAUUCGCCGGCGUGCGACUCGCCGGGCGUCCGACGUUACUGAAAUCCCCCCGAUUCAACCUUACUCUUCCCAGUCUGCCUCUCCCCGUGUUCAGGGUUUCGAGCACAGCGCGCACUACAGCGCUCAAACCAACAACGACAAGGCGGGUAUCAGACCCAAUAGCGAUAUCACCCGUCGAAUUCCCGGUGCUCAGCGCUUCUUGCCCCCGGUUGUGCAACCCGGCUGGACGCCCUACCAUCUGCUGCCUGGCGCCAACGAGUCCAUUGAGACCACUCUCGCCCAGGAGGCACCGGCUGAGGAGAUCGUGGCCCUAGUUGAUAAUGCCCUCGAUAUGGAUGGUGGUCAAAUCUAUGCAGCCACUCUCGAGGAGCUCAUUGACAAUUGGGACGUCGAGGCGGAUAUUGCUCGGAUUAUGAACGAGAUUUAA